AUGAAUAAGUCAGAGAUGUUCGGCUUCACUCUGGAGGCCGACGACCGGACAGAGGAGGAGAAAUCAAAGCAGAAACUUUUGCAUAAGGAAGAACCAAAGACUCCGAUGGACACUGAUUACCAAGAGGAAAUGGAGAAACCCAAAUCUCAGAUCAGAUUCAAUCUCAACUUUGACAAAGGGAUUCAGGGUGAGGAGCCAAAGAGGAGGGGGGACGACACGACGUUUACCAUCGAUCGACUGUUUGAAGCAGUGGCCAGCAGGGAUGUGACAAAACUGGACGGCUUGCACCAGUACCUGCAAAGGAACCAGAAGAAACUCUCUGACUCUUUGUAUGCGUCCUACGGUAAAACUGCCCUGAUGAAAGCUCUGCUGCACCUCAAAGAUGGCAGAAACGAGACGAUAGAAUUAUUGAUCCACAUCUCAGAGCGGCUGGGCGACGUUAAGGAGUUUGUGAACGCAGCUUACACCAGCAGCUACUACCGAGAUUUAAAAGGUGUGGCAUGCCCCCCAACAGGUCAAACAGCUCUGCAUAUUGCCAUUGAGAGGAGGAGUGUCUUUUAUGUGCGGCUGCUGGUCAGUAAGGGCGCAGACCUCCAUGCCAAAGCCUGCGGGAAGUUCUUUCAACCACAUGACGGCCCUAGCUUCUACUUUGGUGAGCUGCCCUUGUCUUUGGCCGCCUGCACAAACCAGCCCGACAUGGUGGACUACCUAAUGGAGAAUGAACACCAGCGGGCAGACGCAAAGGUGACCGACUCUCAGGGCAACACUGUGCUGCACGCCCUGGUGACAGUGGCCGACAACUCAAAGUACAACACAGAGUUCAUCACAAGCAUGUAUGACCGUAUCCUCAAAAUCACCUCAAGGCUCCAUCCCAAAGUGAAGCUGGGGGACAUCGAGAACAACAAUGGACUGACCCCGGUUAAAAUGGCCGCCAAGACCGGAAAGAUUGGGCUUUUUUCGCACAUUCUGAAGCGGGAAUUCGAGACAAGGGAAACCAAACACUUGUCUCGAAAAUUCACAGAGUGGGUUUAUGGGCCCGUCCACUGCUCCUUGUAUGAUCUGGAUUCGCUGGACUCCUAUGAAGACAACUCUGUUUUGGAGAUUCUGGUCUACGGCAGCGGCAUUCCCAAUCGCCAUGAGAUGCUCCAGACCGAGCCACUGAACCAGCUGCUGGAGGAGAAGUGGAACAAGUUUGCCAGUCAAAUGUUUGUGUUCAACUUACUGGUCUACUCUCUGUACCUGGGCAUCUUCACUGCGGUAGCCUACAAUAAGAAAGAUGGAAACCCACCGUUUCCCCUUGAACACGACACGGCGGGCUACCUGUACCUCACAGGCCAGCUGCUGACACUAGUGGCAAACUGCUAUUUCUUCAUCACGGGGAUCGUAGACAUCAAGAGGAAACGCCCAAAGCUGCAGACACUGCUGAUCGAUGGAUACUAUGAGCUUCUCUUCUUUGCGCAGGGCAUCCUCUUCCUGGUCUCGACUGGGCUGUAUCUGAGUGGGUUGCCGGAGUACCUCGGCUUCCUGGUGCUGUGUCUUGCUCUCAGCUGGGUGAACCUGCUCUACUACUCCCGCGGUUACCGACACAUGGGCAUCUACAGCAUCAUGAUUCAGAAGAUGAUUCUCAGUGACAUCCUGCGCUUUCUUUUUGUCUACAUAGUCUUCCUCUUUGGAUUUUCAGCAGCGGUGGUCACCCUGCUCAUCGAGAACCCGAAGAAAAACGAAACCACCGCACGACAGGGACGUCUUUUUGGCCCCGUCGCGACCGGGGAGGAGUGCGUCAAACCCACCUACAGAGACAUCUCCUACACCACGCUGCAGCUGUUCAAGUUCACCAUAGGUAUGGGAGACAUGGAGUUCACCCAGGAAUACCGGUACAAGGAGGUCUUCUACACGCUCCUCAUCGGCUACAUCAUUCUCACCUACAUCCUGCUGCUCAACAUGCUCAUCGCCCUCAUGAACCGCACCGUGGAGAGGAUCACCACCGAGAGCUCCAAUAUAUGGAAGCUGCAGAGGGCGGUCACCAUCCUGGACAUGGAGAAGAGAUUGCCUUGCGGUCUGAGGAAGAGGUUUCGCUGUGGCGUGGAGAAAAAACUCGGCACUGCUCUCGGAGACGACCGCCGCAGAGUGGAGGAAGUCGACUGGAACAAAUGGAACAUGAACGUGGGCAAAAUCGAUGAGGAUCCGGGCUGUUGGGAGCACGUCGUGACGCCUGGCUCGGAGAGUCCGGUCAGGAGAAACAACAGAGGGAGGAGCUGGAGAGGCUUUUUCAUGGAGGGCUCCAGGCGUUGGCGGAACUACGAGUCCACAGAGAUGAGCACCCUGCCUGUUUAA